AUGAAGUUUCAUGUCACUGACGCAUCAUUAAAGGAGUUUUAUGUAACCAACGAUGAUAUUCUUCAUUAUAAAUUCGCUGUAAACAUCUCUGUCAGGAACAGUAACAAGUUGGAGAGAAUUUCUUAUCGUAAUAUUCGCAUUUAUCCUUACUGUUACGGUAAUUAUUUGCCUUGGGUUUCUUUGACGGCUUUCUGGCAAGGCACGAAGAAUACAACACUACUUCCUCUUGUAUUAUUUCAAGGACAGUCACCGGUUAAACUACGGGGUUCUAAUCUUAAGAAUUUUAAUAAUGAUCAGAGGGAUGGAAGUUAUAACAUUUAUGUAGUUAUGUACCUUACAACCCAAUUGAAGCAUGCUGGUGGUGCAAAGAGCGGCAAAAGAGAUUUCAUAGUUCAAUGUGAAUUAUUCCAACUUCAUUUGCUGGAUUCUUCUGCAAAUAAUCAAACAGGAAAUGGAGGCUUGUUUCGCACUAAGAAGUGCAAUGUAUAUAACGAUAAUGAUAGUCAAACUUAUUGA